CUGAAAGAGCACCUGCAGAGCUUUGUUGACGAGACCAACACGCAGCACGGCCCAGAUUUCAUCAAGGUGGUCCACCACGACAAGCAGGAGGGACUCAUCCGGUCCAGAGUCCGAGGCUGGAGAGCCGCCUCCGCCCCCGUGGUCGCUUUGUUCGACGCACACGUGGAGUUCAACAUCGGAUGGGCUGAACCCAUCCUGCAGCGGAUCAAGGAGGACCGGACCCGGGUGGUUUCUCCCUCAUUCGACAACAUCAAGUACGACACCUUCGAGAUCGAGGAAUACCCGCUGUCCGCUCAGGGCUUCGACUGGGAGCUGUGGUGUCGAUACCUCAACCCGCCAAAGUCCUGGUGGACGCAACGCAACCACACGGCCCCGAUCAGGAGCCCCGCUCUGAUUGGCUGCUUCGUGGUGGACAGGAAGUACUUUGAGGAGAUCGGCCUGCUCGAUGAAGGCAUGGAAAUUUACGGCGGAGAAAACGUGGAGCUCGGCAUCAGGGUGUGGCAGUGUGGCGGCAGCGUGGAGGUCCUGCCCUGCUCGAGGAUCGCGCACAUUGAGCGCGCCCACAAGCCCUACACAGAGAACCUGACGGUGCACGUGCGUCGUAACGCUCUGAGGGUGGCGGAGGUGUGGAUGGACCAACACAAGAGUCACGUCUACAUGGCCUGGAACGUUCCACUGCAGAACUCGGGAAUAGACAUCGGGGACAUCUCUGAGAGAAAGGCCCUGAGAUCCAGACUCCGCUGUCGACCGUUCAGCUGGUUCCUCUCCAACAUCUACCCCGAGCUCCGGUCCUACAGCAACACAGUCGCCUACGGAGUGUUGAAGAACAGUCUGAGAGACGACCUGUGUUUGGACCAGGGACCUGACUCCGACAACGUCCCCAUCAUGUAUCUCUGUCAUGGGAUGACUCCGCAGAACGUGUACUACACCAGCUCCCAGCAGCUCCACCUGGGAGUCCUGAGUCCGACCAUCGACGACGACGACAACAAGUGCGUGGUGGACGUGAACAGCCGACCCCGCCUCCUGGAGUGCAGCUACGCAGCGACCAAGCACAUGAAGCUCACCUGGACGUUCACCCAG